AUUUUUCAGUUAUUCAUUUUGGCCGCACCAGUAAACACCGAUAAUUUUGGAAAUUUCCAAAUUGUACAUAUCUAACAAAAAAUUGCUAGUUCUUUCCGAGUACACUCUAGAGUUCCUUUGGCUAAGUAAAAAAUUUUGAUCACUACCAUGCAUUUGAUGUGCGAGCGUCUUUCGGCUGUUUUUGCGGGAAUCGUGGCUGGUUUGUGGUUCGCCAAGACAUUCCCCAGUGAGGACGACAAGGGCAAGGACAAAAAGAAGAAAUAGAAUCUGGCAAACGAAAUUCCCGUCAAAAUUUUCAACGAAUUGAAAUACUGAGGCAGAAAAGCACUUG